AUGCUUCGGCUUAACCUGAAGCAAUUGGGCAGCUUACCUUGCCGACAUCUGAGGUUUUCAGUCCCUAGAUCAGAGAGCAGGUUACUGGUCCCCUGUGGAUCAAGACCACAUCCAAUCCAGACGUUGAAACUGAAUUUUCAACGACAAACUCAUCACGAAGCCCGCCACCCAGGGACAUCUCGAACACUUACAUCCCAUGAUGAUACCAUUUACGCUCUCUCUUCCGCACAAGGAAGAGCCGGUAUAGCCGUCAUCCGCAUCUCGGGUCCAGACUGCCUAGAGAUAUACCGACGUCUGUGCCCUGGCAAGAAACCGCUCAAGCCUCGGUACGCAACCGUCAGGACUCUUUAUGCACCGGAAGACGGACCAGGGUCGCCGGACGUGCUCGACUCCGGUGCCCUGGUCCUCUACUUCCCGGGGCCCAAGACCGUGACCGGCGAGGACGUUCUCGAGCUGCACACGCACGGCGGGCGGGCGACCGUCAAAUCGGUACUGUCCGCGAUCCCCCGAUGUGUCCCGACGGCCGCGGCGCGCGUGCGAUAUGCAGACCCGGGCGAGUUCACGCGGCGCGCCUUCUUCAACGACCGCCUUGACCUCGCGCAAGUGGAGUCGCUCGGCGACGCGCUGGAUGCUGAGACGGAGCAGCAGCGCCGUGCCGCCGUGCGGGGGUGUUCGGGCCGCCUGGGCGCGUCGUACGACGACUGGCGUGAGAGGCUUCUCUUCGCUCGUGCCGAGAUCGAGGCCCUGAUCGACUUCUCCGAGGACCAGCACUUUGAGGAGAGCCCGCACGAGCUGCUGCACAGCGUCGUGGGCCAGGUGCGCGACAUACUCGCCCUCAUCGCCCUGCACGAGAUGGCCUCGAAGCGCAGCGAGCUCCUGCGCAAGGGCAUUAGGAUCGCGCUGCUGGGCCCGCCCAACGUCGGCAAGAGCUCUCUUAUGAAUUUGAUCGUGGGCCGUGAGGCGUCUAUCGUCUCGACCGAGGCUGGGACUACGAGGGACAUUGUCGAGGCGAGUCUGGACAUACGGGGCUACCUGUGCACGUUUGCCGAUACCGCAGGUUUCAGGUCCGAAGGGAUGGCCGACGCAUCCGCGCCCGCGGAGAUUGGCAUCGUUGAGAAGGAAGGGAUCCGCAGGGCGAGGUCCAAGGCCCUCGGCUCGGACAUAGUCGUGGUUCUAGCAUCCGUCGAGAAAGAGAGCAAAGGCGAAUACUCGAUCUGUUACGAGCAAGAGACGGUCCAGCUUGCGGCGCAGGCCCCGCAGAGUCUUGUAGUCAUCAACAAGAGCGAGCAGGUCCCCGCGUCAGCACUCAAAACGCUGGUAACAGACUUCAAAGGGCGCGUCUUGGCACCAGUUCCGGGCCUCCAAGGUGCUGAGCCGCUCUUAAUAUCAUGCAAGGAGGGUGGCAACGCUGACGCCGUAGGGCUGAAGAAUAACGUAGCCGACCCCGGCUCUAUCCAUGCUCUGGUAGACAGCUUAUCCGCCCGCUUUGAGAGUUUGACAUCUCUGCCUGACGACAUGCAGGACCUCCUGGGUGUCACUGAACGUCAGGGUCAGUUACUAGCUAGAUGUCGUGGUCAUCUAGAUGACUUCAUUUCCGAAGCCACCCGGAGUUCCGAGAAACCAGGCAGCCAGAUCUACCAGCACGAAGAGGAUAUAGACGUCGUCCUUGCUGCUGAACAUCUCCGCUAUGCCGCCAAUGCUCUGGCCGAGAUAACGGGCCGUGGCGACUAUGGAGACACUGAAGAGGUUCUCGGUGUCAUAUUUGAAAAGUUUUGUGUGGGUAAAUAA